AUGGCGGCAUUCGGAGCAGGAGUUUAUUUUUCCGCCGCUUUCCAAGUUGAUUUAGAGGCCAUAUAUUCCAAGGUAAUUUAAUUUCACAAAUUUUAAAUGAGUGUUUUUCAAUUUAUAUGUAGAUUGCAAUAUCGAUCACUCCGUUAUGGUAGUUUUCCUUUGGGUACAAUUCUCAUGACACGAUAUGGAAACUCACGUUACGAGGGAAGGGUGUAAUGUAAUUUACCUAAUCUUCAUACAUUUCUCAGUUUGAGAGAAUGUGAUGAAGGAUCAAAGCAUUUUUGUUUGGUGAUCUUUAAUUCUCAUAACCAUAUCUUUUGACAAUGUGUGGAUAUUGUGAGGAGAAAAUUAAUCUUGAUCAUUACACAGGGGCACCCAUUGUCAAUUUUCGGAAAAUUAAGGUAAAACUAAUGAUGCCAGUUUUUAAAUUGCUCCGCAGCUUCUCAUGUCGGACCAUUUUAAGACAGGGGCACCAAACAUUAAUUUUUGGAAAAUAUCUGUUCCGAAGACGAUUUGAGAUCUAGAAUUUUCGGAACAUUUGUUGUAAAAUUUCUUGCUUGCCUGCCUCUCCCAGGAUUUUCGAACAUCUAAAAAAUGGUAUAAUUGCCCAUUUUUAACAGAUUUUUACCCUAAAAAGGUCACCUAGAAUUUUUGGGAGCCUUUUUUCUGGCUGAAAUUUUUGAAAAGGUAAGUUUUGAUCCCUAUGAAUUUUCAGAUCACUAGACUUUCAGCUAGGAAAUCUGAACAGAUGAAAAAUUUUUAGGGGAUAAAAAUAUGCCCAUAUCUACCAUCUAAAUACUAAAAUACAUUUAACAAUGCAAUGUUUAAGUGGUUUUGAACUAUAUUGAAGUUGGGUACCCCUGAUUACUGUGUCUUAAAGGCUUGCUGGAGCCUGUUUGUCCAUUGGUGUGAGAGUCUGCACACGUGAGAGUUUGGGUGGCAAAGCUGCCAUUCUUGUGGCAGAGCUACUGGAAGUGAGCGCCAAAGUCGUUACUCUUCUGUCAAUGCAUGCAAUGACAAUCCCAUCAACUAAACAGGCUAAAAUAUUGAAAUAGUAAUGGUAUAUUUUGCAUUUGUUGUGUUGAUGUGCAUUUGCUGCAGCUCAGGUUUAAUGUUUUGUUAAAUGUUUUCAAAUCUUAGUACACACAGUCUCAAGAUGAAGACACUGAUGCGAUUUACCUCAGUGAAAUUUGUGAUGAAGGUAUCGUAACUUAAUAUCCCAUACUGGUUUGCUAUGUGUUUAGAAUCAUUUUAGUUGACAUUGUCACAUAGAUUACAAGUACAGUUGACUCCGGAUAACUCGAACCUUUUAGGGAAAUUGAAAAAAGUUCAAGUUAUUGAGAACUCAAAGCAAAUAGCCGAAAGUAAGCAAAAAAAAUUUACUGUACAGUGAACAUUUUAAGCGCAUGUUAAGAAAUGUCAAGUGAAAAUGGAACGAUGCUUCUAGAUUAUAAAACUGCAGAACAUAACUUACCAAAACAUAGCCAUAGAUGUGUUACUGUUUCAUGUUAGAUUUUUAGCAAACAGCAUCAGCCUCCACAAACAAACUAUAUGCCUUGGGUGUACAACAUGUCGAUGGGAAAUUCAAUGUUUCAUAAUGCAGUAAAUAGCAUUUUUCCCCGACUUGUCACGCAGUUAAAACAUGGAUUAAUAUCCAGGGUAAAAUUAUAUAGAAAUGAGCUGAGAGGAAACAAAAAUUGCUUUGAGUUAGCUGGAGGUUUGAGUUAUUAGGGUGCGAUUUACCGAUGGUAAAAUUACAGUAAAUGUAUGAAGGAAAUCCAGGGGAAAUCUAUUUUGGUUCGAGUUAUGAACCACCUAAGAAUGUUUGCAUUUUUUAUGAACGGUUAGUUCUUUCAUAGGCAGCAUAUUCACAGGAGAGAAAUGUGAAUGUUGGCUUACUGCGAGAGGAAGGACGAGUGUGCUCAGCUUGGACAUACAACACGGGCACCCAACGUCAAUUUUUGGAAAAUAUCUGUUCGGAAGACGAUUUGAGAUCUAGAAUUUUCGGAACAUUUGUUGUAAAAUUUGUUGCUUGCCUGCCUCUCCUAGGAUUUUUGAACAUCUAAAAAAUGGUAUAAUUGCCUAUUUUUAACAGAUUUUUACCCUAAAAAGGUCACCUAGAAUUGUUGGGAGCCUUUUUUCUGGCUAAAAUUUUCAAAAAGGUAAGUUUUGAUUCCUAUAAUUUUCGGAUCACUAGACUUUCAGCUAGGAAAUCCGAACAGAUGAAAAGUUUUUAGGGGACAAAAAUAUAUCUAUAUCUACCAUUUAAAUACUAAAAUAUGAUCAACAUUGCAUGUUUAAGUGGUUUUGAACUAUAUUCUCGUUGGGUGCCCCGGAUAGAAAAUGCAAUUCAUACUCUUUGGAGAUUUGUAGUUGAAAAAUUCUCGUCAUGCUAUUUGCCAUUUUCUUCUCAAGUUAGACUGUAGGGUAAGUGGUUAAGUCGCCCAAAAGUCCUCUCACCUGAAGUUAUAUUUCCCGAAACCAGAGUAAUAUUGCCCUGAAUUUUUAGUUAAGUCACCUGAAAUGUUACAUAACUCAGCAUUUCAGGUGACUUAACUAAAAAUUUUGAAUGACAUAACUUCAGGCGACUUGACCAUAAAUCAACUGUAGAACCUUCUGUUGAAAUGGUCGUUAAUGAUUUCUGCUCUCGUUCUUGUAUUAUUUUCUUCAUAGAACGUGAUAAACUGCAUCAUAAAGCAAGUUAUAUCUGGAUAUAUAUUGAACCGUAUGCAUUGACUGAAGUAGCUUUUGUCAACGUGCACUAAUAAUCAAUAGGAAAUGUGUACAUGACCAGUCAAAAAACCUGCUUUCCUUAAUUCUCGUUAUUAAUUAAAAGUAUUGUUAUAAUUGCUAUUUUCUUUCUUUAGAAAGCAUUACAGACAGUGAUAAUGAUGGAACAGAGGAUGACGUCAUUAUUGCUACUGAUGAAGAUGACGAUGGUUGGGAGUCUGGUACUAGUGGACCUAGUUACAUGGAGGACUUUCCAGAUGGGUGCUCUUCUGGGAGUGAAGAAGAGGAGCCUGACUCAGCCCCCAUAAGAAGCGACACUUACAUCCUGUCUGAACGCAGCCACUGCAUUGACGACCCGAAAGUCCAAGAUUUUGAUAAUGAGACCCUUGUUUUGGAUAAUGGUGAAUUAGCAGAGAAAUUUCGAAAUAGAGCCGGUAGCAGCCCCAGCAAACUUGUCCAAGACUCACUGAAAGGCGCUAACGGCUGUCAGGACAAACACCGGAAUUACGAUGAACGCGUCUGUGAUGCAACAUACAUCAUUGGCGGUUCUACACGGCAUAAACCUCAGAGAGACGAAGAGCUGUCCAGUGGUUAUAAGAAGCCUGUGUCUGUUGUGCAACCUUUUAUUUCUUCAAAUACAAAAUCGGUAGACGUUGCGUCAUCUUUGGAGAAGACGUCUUCAUCUAGCGAAGAUUAUUUGAACAUCAAGGCCUUUAUUACGCGUCUGUCGAUGAAUAUAAGCCACGCUUCUUGUUCGGGCAAGACCUGUUCCCGUUCGAAGGCUCUUAAGCUUAAAAGAAACAACAUUGACUAUGCAGAAAUGAAUUCAUCACCCACGAAAAGAAGAAGUAUCAGCCUCUGUAAGAUGCCUGGAUCACUGAUUCGUGUCGAACAAGGCUCAAAUAUAGAUGGGUGUCAGAUGGAUUCGCCGAUCAAGUCCCCCUGUACCAGAGAACGGGCUACCUUAUCCGGUCAUCGCAAUGCUCUUUUGCUUCAAAGCCCUGUAUCACCUGAACAACCAUCAAGGUCUUCUAAGACUCUGCGUCGAAGAUCAUCACAGUUAUUAAAAGCAAGCGGAGAUGCAAUUUCACGUGAUUUAAAAAUUACGGAGGAAAAGAAAAGGGAGUGUUUGAAGCAGAAAUCAAGUCCUAAAAGGAAGAGCCAAGUCUGGAGGGGUACGUUUCUUAAAGAUAGAAAUAUUUUUCCUCUUAACUAUUCACCCGCGACAAAACAAAGCUGGAGAGGUUCUGCACCAGAAACGGUAUCUCAACAUGAUUCGUCAGAGCAGUUGUUGAAUUGUAGACCGAAGGCAGAAAUCACUCGCUCCGCGAUACACAAUAAUUUAAUUCCAAAGUGUAAUUUUAGUUCCAAUCAACAAAAUUCAGUCAUCUUUCAAGAAAGUAAUGGAGCAGUAAUGGAUAAAUUAAGAGAAUGCGAAGGGAAAGUGGAAGCUAAGGCAGAUGCUGCGUUCAAGAGCAAGCAAGGGCAUACGCUUUCGGCGUUAAAGGAUGGAAACAUUUUCAGUUCAAGUUCCCAGGGAACGUUUCGUAAGGCAAAGCCUCUGACAAAGAAAUGCGAUUCUAGUCCAACCGGAAUGAGGAACGGUCGGGCUCGUUGGGAUCUAUGCAAACCCGGCGUGGGUGGAAGAAUUGAAAAGCCGGGCGAGAAAUCUGUGCCCUUGUUGGAGAUGAUAGGUGAUGGUAGAGACAACGAUGACAAAAGAAACAGUCUGAGUAAAGCUGUUGACAGUGGGAAACACCACAAACGGGAGAUAAGCAGGGCUUUUGAUGAGUUCAUGUCUACUAAUGAUCGUUCGUUAGGGAUGCAACCUUUCACUUCAGCUUACAGGAAAGAUCUGGAAACAAAGGAAAAAGAACAAGGAAGUGUAACAUUGUGUACUUCUAAUCCUAGAGGGAGAGUGAAAAAUAGUAUUGCACUGUCAGGUGAUCUGCAGUGUAUUAGUUCAUUCUCGGGUAGGUCUUCCGCGCGUAAGAGAACAGCAAGAGAGAGCGUUGCCUUGGAUACUCCGGACGUGUUGCCUAGGAAACAACCGAAAAGGGGCUCAUCUGUGUCAAUUUGUCUCCAACAAGGGCCGACACCACAUUUUAGUUCACAGUCUCUACACUGCCAGGAAAAAGAAUCUACACCAAUAAAAGGAAAGGAGUUUAAGAGGUUACGAGUUGAAGGAUUCUCCUCCAAAGACAUGAAACUUUUGUCGCCAAUCAGACGAGCUGUAGCGAGAUCUUGUGAUUCCAACCUAGAAGGUCCGUCAUCUCCUUGCAAAGGGCUUGGAUCGUGUGACAAGUCAUUCUGUUUUGAGUGUUGUUGA